CUCAAUUCCCUUUUCCGCCCCAGCACAGCUCUUCACCAUGUCGUCAGAAGAAAAAGGGGACGCGGGCUCCCACACGCCCGAGAAGGUGACGAGCCCGCCGGCCUUUGACGUGCGCGAGGGAGCGCUGCAGCCGCGCGACCAGGAGGACUUCUUCACGCGCAAUGGCCUCAACUUCCGCUCGUUCCAGAAGCGCGACAUCGGCGGGGGCGUGGUCGACACGCUCGACCGGUCCAUGCGGACGCGCCACAUGCAGAUGAUCUCGAUCGGCGGCUCGAUCGGCGCCGGCUUCUUCGUCGGCUCCGGCAAGGCCCUCGCCGACGGCGGGCCCGGCUCCCUCUUCCUCGACUUCCUCAUCAUCGGCGUCAUGAUGUUCAACACCGUCUACGCCCUCGGCGAGCUCGCCGUCAUGUACCCCGUCUCCGGCGGCUUCUACACCUACUCGACCCGCUUCAUCGACCCCUCCUGGGGCUUCGCCAUGGGCUGGAACUACGUCAUGCAGUGGGCUGUCGUCCUGCCCCUCGAACUCACCGUCUGUGCUAUGACGGUGCAGUACUGGAAUCAAGAGAUCAGUGUCGCUGUCUGGAUUACGGUCUUCUUCGUCGCCAUUCUGAUCGUCAACGUCUUUGGUGCCCUGGGCUACGCCGAGGAGGAAUUCUGGUCAUCGGUCCUCAAGCUGGGCGCCAUUGUCGUCUUCAUGAUCCUCGCCUUCGUCCUGGUCCUCGGCGGCGGUCCCGACGGCAGUCGCUACGACCACUACUCGGGCGCCCACACCUGGUAUAACCCCGGUGCCUUCGCCCACGGCUUCCGCGGCUUUUGCAGUGUCUUCGUCACGGCCGCCUUCUCCUUCUCGGGUACCGAACUGGUCGGCCUCGCCGCGGCCGAGGCCAGGAACCCGCUGAGGUCGCUCCCCGGUGCCAUCAAGCAGGUCUUCUGGCGUAUCACCCUUUUCUACAUCUUGGGUCUCUUCUUCGUCGGCCUGCUGAUCCCGCACGACGACCCGAGGCUACUGGGCUCGGAGAACGCCAAUCCCUACGUCGACGUGGCCGCCUCCCCCUUCGUCCUGGUUGGCUAUUAUGCCAACCUCAAGGGCUACGACUCGUUCAUGAACGUCAUCAUCCUGGUCUCGGUGCUCUCCAUCGGCGUGUCGGCCGUCUACGGCGGCUCCCGCACCCUCACCGCGCUCUCCCAGCAGGGCUACGCCCCCAAGAUCUUCAGCUACAUUGACCGCUCCGGCCGCCCGCUCUGGUCCGUCGUCGCCAUCUUGGCCUUUGCCCCGCUCGCCUACGUCAAUCUCCACUCGGACGGCCCUACCGUCUUCGCCUGGCUGCAAGCCUUGUCCGGCCUCGCCGCCCUCUUCACUUGGGGCUCCAUCUGCCUUGCUCACAUCCGCUUCCGCAGCGCCUGGGCCAAGCAGGGCCGUAGCCUUGAGGAGAUCCCCUUCCGCGCCGUCGGCGGCGUCUACGGCUCCUACCUUGGCCUCGCUCUUAACAUCCUCACCCUCCUCGCUCAGCUCUUUGUGGCCAUUUGCCCCGUCAAAGGCGGUACCAACGACGCCGAGGGAUUCUUCCAGUCGUACCUGGCCCUCCCCGUCGUCAUUGUCUUCUGGAUCGGCGGCUUCCUGUGGAAGCGCACCGGCUGGCUGCGCCUCGACCAGAUCGACCUCGACACCGGCCGCCGCGAGCUCGAUUGGGACGCCAUCAACGCCGACCGCGCCAAGCUUGCGGCCAUGUCGCCGAUCAAGAGGAUGUUCUAUACCUUGUUUGUUUAAACACGCAAUCUCGUUUAUUUUGGUCGGUUCCGGGGUCAGUGGGGCACGCAUCGUCUCGGGCAGGGAUGUGUGUGUGCCAUGAUGAUUUGAUGAUCGGGGCUCGGUUGGCCUGCUUUGUUGGGCGGUAGUUAUGACUCGGCCUUGUCAUGUCUGUCGCUGGCAGGGCAAGCGGCAAAAAAACGCAAUGAAAAUGGGUGUGGCGGUGUGGGAGUGUUGAUCGGUAUUUUUCAGCGGUGGGGAUCGUGAUGCUACGUUAGUUAUUUGAUACCAAUGUUGGAAUGAAUUGAUCGGUGGCUUUGCCCGUUCACCCCCAA